AUGCUGGUGCCGAGAAGAGACGUGACUUGUAAUUGCUUGUCGCGUACUGGACAUCUCCUUCCAGCAUCCACUCCUUCAACCGUCCGUCCCAGCCACUCGUGCACUGUCGUCCUCGGUUCCCAGCAGGCAUCGCACUUGCCGCUGCCUUCCAUGCCCAAGUCGGAGCGAGAUGAGACUCUGGCUGCUUUGACUGCUAAGAUAUUCUCCGCGAUGCUGGAUGAGCUGGUUACGGAUGCGACGUUGCAGUCACACCACGAAGUGGCGCGUUCGAGGGCGGUAUGUCCGGUAUGCCAUACGCGGUGUGGGUCGAUACACACACCUGGGUCGGCAUCGGCGAUAAACAACGAGGCGUUGCAGGCAUCAGUCGCUGCUCAGGCAGCCUUACGUGCAGACACCCCAUCUUCGUCUGGGAGCAAUGACGUCGCGGCCAAGAGCAACGUUAACGGAACAGGGACCAGCACGCCGACGAGUGGCAAGGAUGGGAACCUAUACCUAGAGUGUGUCUCGUGUUCGCGCCAGAUCGCGUCUAACAGAUAUGCCCCGCAUCUUGCCUCGUGCAUGGGCCUAAAUUCAGCCCGGAGAGCGCCUGUCCGUUCAAAUGCAAAGUCGAAGCAAGCCUCCGAUGCCGGUCGUUCGGCGUCACCUGGGUCCGACGGUGGGAACGUCUCUGACGACAAAUCGAAGGGCAAGGCAAAGGCAAAGAGCAAGAAACCAGCGGACGAGAGCGAAUUUAAUCUCAAGCGGAAACGGCCUACUUCUCCUCAGAUUUCACCAAACAAAAAAGCGAAGAAGGGCAAAGUGUCUGGUUCGCCUGUAUCACGCGUCAAAGCCGAUCCCGAUCUUUCUGGACUUCCGUCCAACUCGCAUUUCUCUCCUUCCAUCAACUCCCAAUCUAAAGUCCCCUCGAAACUGCGCGACAGCUCAACGGCGUCCUUCCUCGAGCGUUCAUCAGCGUCUUCACGAGAGUCGUCACCAGGGGGGAUCUCUGUCCCCACGCCUGCUUCCUCCUUCUCCUCUCAACAAAGCCCUACCCGACCUCUGGCUGGCAACAGCAAGGCUGCCGGCCGACCCAAGCCUCCAGCGAUGGGUACCGGUCCCCCUAAACGGCCGAGUCCACCAGUACCACGGCCUCCAAUUCACGUCCCAGAUUAUAACGAAAUCGACCACGCUAAUGAAACAGGUUCAUCAACUGAUACUGAUAGUGACUAA